AUAACACAAAAAUAGGGCAGACUCUUCAAAGACGCACAGAAGCAUAUCCUUAUUUAUAGAGGGAGAUGCAAUUGAGAUAUUUACAUUUAGGUUGAGUCUGUGCAUAGAAACCAUUUAAGAUGGGAGAAGUGAAAUUGAUUGGAGCUCAUGGAAGCAUCUUCUCCGCAAGAGUUGAAUGGGCUCUGAAGCUGAAGGGGGUGGAAUAUGAGUUCUUAGAAGAAGACUUGAAAAACAAGAGUCCUCUCCUUCUUAAGUACAACCCAGUACAUAAGAAGAUUCCAGUGCUUGUCCAUGGUGAUAAACCAAUCGCUGAGUCGCUUGUCAUCCUCGAAUACAUCGAUGAGACAUGGAAGGAGAACCCUUUGUUGCCUGAAGAUCCAUAUCAGAAGGCCAUGGCUCGAUUCUGGGCUAAAUUUGCUGAUGAAAAGUGUUUGAUGGGUGCAUGGGGAGCUUGUAUUGCUGAAGGGGAAGCGAAGGAGAAGGCGGUGGAGUCUACGCUUGAAUCAUUUGCAUUUUUAGAGAAGGAGAUUGAAGGGAAGGAGUUCUUUAGUGGUGAUGAGAUUGGAUUCCAAGAUCUUUCCAUGGGUUGGAUAAUUCUCUGGCUCAAUGUCUUUGAACAAGUUGGAGAUAUCAAGUUGCUUCACAAGUUUCCAUCACUCAGUGAAUGGUCACAGAACUUCCUGCAGAUUCCAGUCAUCAAAGAAUGCCUUCCUCCCAGAGAAAAGCUUGUGGAUUACUUCACGGCUAGCGUGGCGUACAUGCGUUCCUUGGCGGCUAAGAAGGAUUGAUUUGAAUCUGUUUCUGCUUUUAUUUCAUUGCCUAAGCAGCUUGGAUUGCUCAUGUUUUUGUAGUUUCUUUGGUUGUUUUCUUGGUUCGCUCAUGUUUUUCAUAUUAGUCUGCAUAUGCCCUGGCUACUCUCUGUUUAUCGCUGUACGAGAGAAAGAUUACAAUAUUAAAGCAGUGCUUUAUAUACACAUUUCCGAGUUUUUUUUA